AUGCUUCGCCAGACCUGUUUCGCAGCUACUUCGAAGCGGACCUUCUCGACAAAGCUCUCCUCGAGCUUCCCCACCAACACCAAGCCCGCAGCAUCCGUUCUAUUGAGACCAGUUGUACGGAAUGCUCUUGUAAAGGACGCUCUGCCAGGCGCAGUUCGAGUUGCUGCUUUCCAUGCCUGUGGGAGACGAGCAAUCCUUCCUCCUCUUCCCCAGGUGAUUGACGGGACUGCAAACGACCCAGCACCCGUACCACCUGCGAACCCAUCACAUGGCUCGUACCACUGGACAUUUGAGCGUCUUGUCUCUGCCGGCCUCAUCCCUCUCACGAUCGCCCCAUUUGCCGCAGGAUCAUUGAAUCCUACCAUGGAUGCUAUUCUCUGUGCUACAAUUCUCAUCCAUUCACAUAUCGGUUUCGAGUCUAUCGUCAUCGACUACAUCCCCACGAAGCGAUUGCCGAAGACAAGGAUGUUAUUCUGGUGGGGAUUGAGAUUGGCUACAGUUACAGUUGGUGUUGGAUUGUAUGAAUUUGAGACCAACGAUGUUGGUGUUACAGAAGCCAUUAAGAGGAUUUGGCAUGCAUAG